CAUGGGUAACCAGUGACAUGUAUUCUUUACGUGCUCAACUUUAUGGAUAUGAAUCCUAUAUUUAGUUGUGUUCUUAAAAUAAUACACGGUUAAACGUUUAUUUUUUGCCAUCUACACAAUUCGUGAUUGUUACACGUUCUUAGCCAGUAGCCAAGUUUUUGAAUGGAAAAUGGGAAAGUUAAAAUUCGCGAGGCAAUACCUGACGACUGUGAACAAAUUGCUGUAAUGAUACAGGAGCUCGCAGAUUAUGAAAAAAUAUCAGAAGAGACAAACGUAACCGCAGACCAACUGCGUAAAGACGGCUUUGAAGAACAGAAGUGGUUUCAUUGUUUUGUUGCUGAAGAUGAAGACAACCUUAUAGGAUAUGCAUUGUACUAUUUUUGUUAUUCCACCUGGGUAGGUGUAAAAACAUAUCUUGAAGACCUAUAUGUAAAAUCGGCAUAUAGAAAUAAGGGAAUCGGAACCAAGUUGUUCCGCAGUGUAGCACGAGCUGCUGUGGAGCGGAAGUGCACAAGACUGGACUGGACAGUAUUAGGAUGGAACAAAACUUCAAUUGAUUUUUACAAGAAAACCGGCGCAGUUAAUCUCACAUCUGACAAGGAGUUAAAUUCAUUCAGACUUAGUGGUGACACGCUUUGUUCUUUUGUUAACAACAGUAGACUCAAAAAGUUAGAUUCUAUUCAGGAGCAGUUAUCCUCGCUUAACCAGAAAAUUUCAGUCAUGGACGGACGGGUUACAUCCCUUGAGGAGUCAAUGAGCAAAACUAAUGACCGCUUGAAUACUGUUGAAAAUAGUAGAGCUUAUGAGUCACAGGUAUGUGAUGAUUUAAUAUCGAAACAAUCAGAAAUCGACAAGGUCUUACAAAAGGAACGAGAACGAAUCACUCAGUUGCAGAAGAGUUAUGACAAGUUCAAAUCGGUUCCCGAUGAAAUAACAGAUUUGCAGUCGCGAUCGAUGCGGGACAACCUGCUUUUCUUUGGCUUCGACGAAUUAAGUACUGCUGAAAGUAGGCGAUCUGAGAAUUGUGCAAAUACUGUUCUGGACUACCGUAAAAACACCCUGAAAAUCGUAGAUCCAGAAAGUAGCAUUAAAAUCGAAAGAGCGCACAGGCUUAGAAAUAAAUAUGACAGUACGAAAUCGAGACCAAUUGUGGAGUUCGUCGAUUAUGGCAAUAUGUCAGAAGAGACAAACGUAUCCUCAGAUAGACUGCGAAAAGAUGGAUUUGGCGAGCAGAAAUUGUUUCAAUGUUUUGUUGCCGACUAUAAAGGUAACCUUGCAGGUUACGCAACGUACUAUUUUGGCUAUUCCACCAGGGUAGGCGUAAAAAUGUAUCUUGGAAAUCUCUAUGUAAGACCGGCUUACAGGAAUAAGGGUAUCGGUACCAAGUUAUUCCGCAGUGUAGCCCGAGUGGCAGUGGAGCGAAAGUGUAACCAACUGGACUGGAUCGUAAGGGGAUGGAAUAAAGAUGCAAUUGAAUUUUAUAAGAAAACCGGCGCUAUGAAUCUUUCGAAUGAGAAAGAAUGGAAUUCAUUUAGACUUAGUGGUGAAAAACUCUGUUCCUUUAUUAAUAAUGCACAUUACUUAUAAAUUCCCUUUGUGGGCAAUUUUGACAGCUCUCAGAAUUUAACGGUUAAAUUUUUACGUGAUAUCUAGAUAAUAAUAUAAAUAAUGUAUAUAUGCAACAUAUCAGGUCUGUCUUUACAGUAUACGAGUUUGACUUCUCUCAUUAGUUGUCAAAAGUAUUUAGUAUAAACAUAUUUUAUUUCAGAAAUUCAUGAAACAUUUACAACACAUUAGUUAAGGAAUAGGACAAAAAGCUAUAACAGCUUACGGUUUUUCCUCUACUAAGUAUUUGAGUUAUAGUAACUUUUUGUUGUCAAUUAUAUACAAGAUCUACAUACUUUUCCCAGCUAAUGCAACCGACAAACCCACAGAAUACACACUGUAUAAGUUAAGGUGUGAAAUAAGAUCUGUUAAAAACACAUUUAUGUAAUUAUGUGCUAAACGUUAAGAAAUUCAUUUAAGGUAGAACGCGACACUUUGCGAACUUUCGAGUAGCGUCUUGAAAUUUUGCAUGUGUAAAGUUGACCAUAUUUCAAGCAAGAUGCAGUUUAUUUUAUACCAAUAGAGCCAACCAGUUUUUGAACACGAGACGUCAAAGUUGACCACCAAAACCCGUUUUUGAAACUGACGUUGCCGCGUAUCCUUGGCAACUGUUACGGGUACUGCAACGGCACCAGCCAACAAAUUUUCUUAAAUUAUACAUCAUUUGACGAGAAUUAUUUUUUCCUUUAUUGUGAUGUCAAAAUCAUUGUUUUACACCGACAAAUAUUUGAAAAAUGGAAAGAAAAUCGCCUUUUUUGACUAAACAUUGACGUUCAGUUUCGCAGCAUUUUUCGGCUUUAAAUCAGCAUAUUACAAAAUCCCUCAAUUAAAUUUUUGAAUUUUUUCUAAACGGUGUUUAAAAUGUAUACUAAGUCCACAUGACAAAUAAAACUGGGGGUCACCGACUUAGUUUUUUCUGUACAUGUGAUUUUACAUGCGUAAAUUUUGUAACAUAAUUCGACGUCUGCAAAUACGUUCGGGACAUCAUAAUUCAGCCAUUUUGAAAAUCGCUUUUAAUAUAUUUUCUACAUAAUAAUGAUUAUUUUUCAUCUUUUUCUUAUUCAAAGUACCAAUUUAACAAGUUUUCCGUUGUAAUACACUGCUAAAAUGAAGAAUUCAUACAUAUGCAGUUGUGUAGAUAGUUCGGAGAUUUCACAUUUGAAACAAAAAAUUAAAGCAUAAUUAUUGUAAAAUAUCAUAGAUCAGUAUUAUACAGCAAUUUCAUAUAUUUUUAAGUUUACCCUCCACGAGAGUAAAGCUUAAUUGUUUCGUGUUUAUCUUGAUAUUAGCCCUUUUCCUCCAUAAGCGCACACGC